UCAAAUAAAACCUCAUGGUGUUUGAUGUCAGAAUUGUGUAACUAAAUAACGUUAGGUUCUAAAAUAUCAACAUGGUAUUUCACUUGGAGAAAACAUAGAUAAAUGGCUCUGAUUUUGAAACUGCAUCCUUCUUUCUCAAAAAGUGCAGUAAACCUUGGGUGACAGUCAUGAAGCCUCUUCCUACUGCAGCUAAGUAACAUAGACCCACUAUGCCUCAUUUGUAGCACUGAUUUUAGGUUUUCUUGACAAACUACCAAGAAUUUUGCCAUACCAUUCUUGCUCGUUCUGGUUUGUCUGGUCUACACUGAUAUCUGUCACAGAUUUCCAAUCACUACUGGCAAACAUUUAGUUCACUUACUUUAUACAGAACAGUUCCAGACUCUGCUGCUGGGAUAGAAAAUGUAUCUAAUUUGGAGUUUUACCCUGUGGAUACAAUUUGAAAUAGAAUGAAAACCAUUGGCAUAGAGUCCCUUUUAAAGGUUUACCUGUUGUAGAAGCAUUUGAAAGAAAGCAUAUUAAGGGCAAAGGUAAAUAUUUACUUAAAUUAUUAAAACAUCUUGAGAUUUUUUUGCUAUGGCCCUGAUGUCAUAAAAUCAUGUUUAAGCUAUUGUGAUAACUUUGAAACCAUAGAUACAGAGGUUAGUAUGCAUUGAGAGGUACAUAAUGUAUAUACUGUUAGCUUGCUUGAAUUAAAGGUAGCCAUUGUAUAUUUUAAAUUACUUUAAUGUUGAAAUUUGUAUAUAGUUUAGAAAAUGGAAGGUAUGGUCUGUUGAGGGUUGGCCUUAAUCCUCAAGUAGGUUGGCUUAUACUCAAUUUCAGGGAGACGACACACAUAUGCCUAGUAGGAGAACUCAAACAGUAGGCUUUGUAAGGCAAAAAAGCCUAUGAAUAUCAUGGAGAAUAAGAAUUUCAGGCUUUGUUUUUAAUAUUUAUUAAUUAAUUUAUUUGAAAGGCAGAGUUACAGAGAGGCAGAGGCAGAGAAAGAGAGAAGUCUUCCAUCUGCUGGUUCACUCUCCAAAUGGCCACAACAGCUGGAACUGCAUCUAUCUGGAGCCAGGAGCUUCCCUCAGGUCUCUCAGGUUGGUGUAGGGACCCAAGGACUUGGACCAUCCUCUUCUGCUUUCCCAGGCCAUAGCAGAGAGCUGGAUCGAAGUGAAGCAACCAGGACUCAAACCAGCACCUAUAUGGGGUGCUGGCACUGCAGGUGGUGGCCCUACCAACUAUGCCACAUUGCUGGCCCCAGAAUUUCCAAUUUAACAUUUUUUCCUACUUGCAUUUCCAUUGAAGAAGGGGUUGAUGAUGAGAUGUUAGGAAUCUAUUAUUAAAUGAAGCCAUGAGGAAUCUAUUACAGCCCUCCUGCAUUACUCCUUCUUUCCAGCUUAUGCAGACUGAAUUUACAAAUGGUUUUGGUGCUUCUAUCACACAGUAAAUGAUUUUUCCAAUGUAAGCCAUAUUAUUCCUAUUUUACUCAAUGUUAGCAUUAAGACUUAAUGAUAAUGCUAACUAAAAUUUUUGAAAAAUUUAGUUAAAAUUACAUUUGCAUAUGAAAGUGGAGACAAACUUACCUAAUUUAUUCUAUUUCUAAAUAUACGAAAAAUUUUCUUGAGGAAACAGGAUGGCAGUCAGGUUAGAGAGGGCUAGUUCUUGAAAAGAAAGUUGUCAUAUGUAAUCAUUUAGGAGCGGCCAUCUGGUGGUAUUGAUGCUCUUCACUCUUCACAAUUAUUUAUAUGUUCUGGGUGGCAUUUCAUUGCUUGGUGUCUUUUGUGGAUAUAUCAUACUGUGUACAUCCAGUUCCUGAAUCACAGUAAUAGGCCGAUUCCAUAUUUCAGCUGUUGUGAGUAGCACUGCCAUGAGCAUGGAAUGGAGAUAUCCUUUUGACGCACUGAAGUCUUAUCUUUUGGACGUAUACCCAGUAAUGGAAUUGCGGGAUUUUGCUCAGUUCCGUUUUGUUAGAGAGACUCCCAUACUAUUUUCCAUAAUGGUUGUGCUAAUUUGCUUUCCCACAAAACACUAAAAAUUUCACCUGUCUUGAAAUCCGUGCUACCCUUUUUUAUUUUUUGUUUUCUUCAUGAUAGUUGUUCUACCUGGAGUGAGGUGAUAAUCUUAUUCUGGUUUUAACUUGCAUUUUUCUGUUGAUUAAUGAUGUGGAGAAUUUUUCAUGAACUAUUGGACACGUGCAUGUCUUGUUUUGAUAUGAGUAUGUUAAGUUCUUCAGCCUAGUUUAAAAAUUGGUGGUUUUUUUGGGUUUGUUUGUUGUUGUUGUUUUUUGGGGUUUUUUUUUUAGCCCUGGGUUUUUUGAGAUAAUUGUAUAGUCUGGAUAUUAACUGCUUGUAGAAAACCAGAGGAGAAGUACUGUGUGGCAUUGUAUUGGGGACAGGUUUUGUUAUUUACUUUUUGACAUAGAAGCACAGGCUAGACUGGCCUGGGUAGGUGGCUCAGGGCUGCUCCCACACCAGGAAUCUGAAGCAGUUUCAGUGGCCGCAUCGGGGAAGAGGCCAGGGCCCUGCUGCCCACGUGUGACUCUUGGGGGCUCGGCUGCGAUGCCACUUUGUCCUGGGAAGCCCUGCUACAUGCCGCUGCACUCUGGGAGCUGGGAGCCCAGCAAUGCCCUGCAGGUCUAAGGAGCCUGCCCUGGUCCCUGCACUGGCUGCAACCACCGGAGAAUGAAACACCCCCAGAUAAUAGCACCCAUGGGCUCAGACAAGGUGCUCAGUGAUCUCCUGGAGUUCAGCAUGAUGUUCCUGCUGCCCAUGGCCAGUGGAAAGGGCUGGCCUGUCUCCUUGGCCAGCGCACAGUUCUGAGGAGCAGGUCCGGAGGAAUCCCAGGCUCAGGCUCCUGGGAUGCUGGCGACCAGAACACCUCCUCCUUUGACCCCGACAAAAGCUACAGUGAAGGACCCACUUCAGUGAGUCCCACAGCAGCCUUUCUUGGUUCACAUUCCUGGGACCUGGACCUAGACUUGGAGGCAAGGGAGGCCAGUGGGCGGGUACCCCACCUUCUGGAGAGACACGGCUUUUGGUGGCUUGACUCAGGUCAGGUUCCUGACUGGCGAGAAGGCCCUCCGCAGCCCCGGGCCAUUGUCCUUCCUUCUCAGAUAUCAAGGGUAGCGCCCAGUACAAUGCCUCCUAACCUGGCAACCCUUGGGGCAGAGCCUCAGGUGGCCACUGGGCCCACCGACCAAGAAUGUCCAGAAGAUUCUAUUUCUUCUUCCUUCCUCAUUGUACCCUCCCACCUCCACCUCAGCUUAAGCGAUGACUAAGGCAGGGAUGCCUGUGUCUACCCAUCUGCCAAGACUCCCUGUAGCACCUGCUCUGCAGCCUUCUACUGGCCAGCCUGCACCCUUCCUUGGAGCUCCAGAGCCCCUCAAACAAGGAUGGUUUCAGGCCCAUGCUGGGCGGGAGCUCAUCCGCCUGCCCCUCUGGAUGGGCAGUGGUGAUGGGUUUUGAGGCCACAGUGCAUUUGGUAGCAUGUACUAGGAGCAUAUGGACUACUAGCCGCAUGGAGCCAAGGUCACCAGUGGUCUCCCAGCCAUGUCCACCUUCUCAGCGCCCCCAUAGCCGUGUAUGGUGGCAUCUCCAGCAACACACCACCCCUCCCAUCAGCGGGACAGACAGCCUCGUCGACUCCCGAGAGACCAUGACCACCAGCAGCUAAAGAAGUAAACAGGUCAGGGCAUGCUUAACAAAAAGACAACAGGCAGAUACAAAAGCUAUCCAGCAUCUUUGGGCAGCCAUUGAGAUCAUAAGGAACCAGAAGCAAAUCGUCAGCAUUGACCAUAUUACAGGGACCGCUCUGCACUGGGCCUGUGCAAAAGGCCACCAAGACAUGGUAGCUUUCCUCAUAAGCCGAAGAUGUCUACUUGAUCCGCAAGAUAAAAGGGCUGCAACACCGCUGAUAAAGGCUGUACAGUGUCCCGCUGAGAAUUGUGCUACACUCUUAUUGGAUCAUGGGGCUGAUCCAAAUAUUGAGGAUGAAAUUGGCAACACUGCUCUCCACUAUGCGGCCUACGGAGGAAAUACAAGAAUGGCCGAAAAGCUGCUUUCCAGCAAUGCAGAUAUCGAAAAGAAAAAUGAGACUGGCCUCACACCACUUUUAGUGGCUAUUCAACAAAACCAAGAAAGUAUGGUUAAAUUUUUAAUAUUACAGAAUGCAGACGUUUUCGCAAUUGAUAAUCUACACAGAACAUCCCUCAUGUUUGCAGGAUGGUAUAAUACGGAAGACAUAGUACACAUGCUUCUUGAACUAGGGGUUGAUGUGCUUUCUGAAGACAUUGCUGGACAUUCUGCUAGGGAUUAUGCUCUUCAAAAACGUAGUAUGCAAAAUUACCAGCUCAUUUCGUUGUUUCGAGAAAAUGCUGUACUUGAGAAGACUGUAAAUACAAAUCCAGAUGAUGAGCAUUCUAAAGAAUAUAGAAAAAGGCUUUUGGAAAUACCUGAUGUUAAUCAUGAACUGCUUAUAUCAUAUGAGGAAGGCCUCAAUUCAUUUGCCAAGAAAGACUUAAUAAUUCCAGGACGUACAACUGCCAUCAUUCACAGUGCACCAGAAGAGCAACCCAAUAACGACAGAAUAACUCGUGUUCAUGGAGUCCAUGAAGAUAACAAAUGUGGAUCAGAAGAUGAAGCUAAAGAAUCAACUUUGGACCCUGAGGAAGGAACGUCAACUCUAGCGGGCAAGAAGAGUAAAAAACGUUUUUUCAUCACUCAAGUUGCUCCACAACAGCCAAUUAAUAAAUAUGGGAUGGACUCUGAUCACGGAUUGGACAAAGAUAACAAACAUAAUAAGGAGUCUACCUCCCAAAGAGAUCCUGAAGACAGCAAAUCACAAAAGAAUUCAAAGGAAGGAACGUCAACUCUAGCGGGCAAGAAGAGUAAAAAACGUUUUUUCAUCACUCAAGUUGCUCCACAACAGCCAAUUAUGAACUCUGAUCACGGAUUGGACAAAGAUAACAAAUGUAAUAAGGAGUCUACCUCCCAAAGAGAUCCUGAAGACAGCAAAUCACAAAAGAAUUCGAAGGAAGGAACGUCAACUCUAGCGGGCAAGAAGAGUAAAAAACGUUUUUUCAUCACUCAAGUUGCUCCACAACAGCCAAUUAUGAACUCUGAUCACGGAUUGGACAAAGAUAACAAAUGUAAUAAGGAGUCUACCUCCCAAAGAGAUCCUGAAGAUAGCAAAUCACAAAAGAAUUCGAAGGAGGAAUCCUCUGCAGAACCUCUAAAGAGGGAAGAAGUUGCAGUGCCUGUCUCCGGAGUAAGUGAUGAAGCUGUAGAAUCACCGUGGGAUUCUGAGGAAGAAACAUCAAGUGGAAAGGGUGAAGUUCGUGCUGCCACUGGAGGUGUCCCAGAAGGAGAUAUUCUGGAUUAUUUCCUGUCAUGUAGUUGGGCAAGGAUAGCCAAAGAGAGAAAAGCGUCAAUGGCAUCAAGUGGAGAUACUGAAAAGGAUGUGGCUGUCAGUCUAAGUGCCCAAGAGCAUGCAAAGGACACAUUAUCUGGUAUUGCUGGAGUGCCAGAAGGCAAAACUAUUGAUAUGCCUGGCUUCAGACCAGAUGAUGAGCCUUUAAAAUACUCCUUAAAGUCUGAGGAAGGAAUGUCAACCGUAGCGAGUAAGAAGGGCUUAAAAGAUAUUGCCAUCACUCAAGUUGCUCCACACCAGCCAGUGAAUAAAUAUGCGUUCAACUAUGAUCGUGGAUUGGACAAUGGUAACAUGGGUAAUAAGGAGUCUACCUCCCAAAGAGAUCCUGAAGACAGCAAAUCACAAAAGAAUUCGAAGACUAUUUCUACAAAUUCUUGGAAGAAAUCCAUUAAUCAAUCAAUGGCAGCCGAUGCAAAAAGAAAAGAUAUGAAUGAACCACUGGAAGAGUUUGCUAAGGGAUCCACUGAAUUGACGCCUCGUCUGGAAGCAAUACAUCCUUUUUGGACAACAUCAGUGGGAAUGAAUGAAGUACAAACAUGCAGACAAGAUAAUGACAUUAAAACAACAAACAAGGAAGAACAAGAAUGGCUUGAUGGAAGUAAAAAUAAGCAAUUUGAAGAAAAAGAGCAGCGUUGCCAAAGUAAGGAAAUGGAAGUGUUAAGAAACUUGCAUGAAAGUGCUGCUCCUCCUGAUGACAGUGAUGGUUGUGGACUGAAUCAGCAGAGAAAGAGUGGGGACCUUGACAACCAGCAAUCUGCCACUAAGAAGAAUGAAGAAUAUUAUUUCUGCCCUGCCUUGCAUAUAAAGGAAACAAAAAAUGAAAAUGAAAAAGUGACUUCCAUGGAGUAUGGGAUUAGACCAGUGAUAGAGAAUGGCUUUUCACUCACUAGAAGUCUACUGCAAGUGAUUUAUGACAACAAUCUGAGUGAGCUCGAUCGUCUUAAAAGGGAACAGUUAAGAAGAAAAGAAAAGCAAUAUCAUAAAGAAGUAGUAGUGAAACAACUUGAAGUGACACAUAGAACACUAGAAUUGGAUGCGAGGACUUCAAAAAACAAUUUGACCCAGUUCCAAGAAUCAGAAGAUGAACAAAAGGAGUUGGUACAAAACACUGAGAAAAUUCAAGAUCAUCUGGAAAAGCAUGAUCAGGAAAAUCAUGAGUUGAAAGAUACAAUACUAAAGCAAGCAAGGGAAAUUAAAAAUCUUCAGGAAAUCCUUUUCAGACUAAGUUCAGUAGAUAUGAAACACCUGCAGCAGCAACAGGAUGACAUUGAGAAAAGGCAAUGUAAAUCGGAGGCAUCACUGAGAGAGAUGGCACAGUUUUACCUUAAGUUAAACAGCAAGAUGCAGGAUAUAAUGAACAAGUUAGAUGAAAUCAUCAGAAAAUUCCAGGUAUCAGAAAAUCUACACCAAGGAGUGGUAGAAAAUGUAAAGAAGACACAAGAUUAUCUAGAACACUACAAUUCAAGGCUUCAGUCUGAAAUUUUGGAAAUGAAAGAUAUCGUCAAACUGCAUGCUGGCAGUAUUGAAGAGCUGCAGAAAAAUCUGAUAAGACCAAGUUCAGUAGAUGUGAAACACCUGCAGCAGCAACAUGAUGAGCUUCAGCAAAGACAGUCUAAAUCAGAAGCAUCCCUGGAAGAUAUGGCGUGUUUUUACUAUAAGUUGAACAAUAAGACAAAGGAUAUAAUGGACGAGUUAGGUGAAAUCAACAGAAAAUUCCAGGAAGCAGCAGCACUACACCAAGAAGAGGUACAAAAUGCAAGGAAGUUACAAGAUCACCUUGAACACUAUAAUGCAAGGCUUAAAUAUGAAAAUUCACUAUUAAAAGAUACCAUCAAAGUUCAGGCAAACAGAAUUGAAGAGCAACAGAAGUACCUGAUAAGACCAAGUUCAGUUUCACCGGAUAAUGUAAGAAGAUGUUGUAUGAACUCAGAAACUGAAAUCCAGAAAUUGAAGAAGGAAUUAAGUGACCUCAGGAGACAAUUUAAAGAUGAACAGCAACACAUAAUGCUGCUUGCUGAGUUAAAUCAAGCUCUGCAGGACAAACUGGAUGAAGAGAUGAAGAAAAAUGGUGAUUUAGGAGACAAGAUAACUCAGCCAGCUCUCUGCUGUGGCCCAGGAGUGCAGUGGAGGAUGGCCCAAGUGCUUGGGCCCUGCACCCCAGGGGAGACCAGGAGAAGCGCCUGGCUCCUGCCUUCGGAUCAGCAUGGUGCGCCGGCCACAGUGCGCCAGCCGCGGCGGCCAUUGGAGGGUGAACCAACGAAAAAAACAUCAUGUCAAAAAAGUUCAGAGUAUCUAAUGGAGAGUGAUGACAUUUCAAAAAGUAUACAAAAAGAACACAGAAUCCAUGUUGGGAUAUCUACACUCUCCAAAAUGAAAGCUCCUCAGGAAGCCAUUUCUAAAGAAUUGGACGAAUAUAAGCAACUCCUUCUAGAGGGAUUUGAAGAUUUGAGAAGAAAACAAGAUGAGAUCAUUCAGGUUGCAAAAGCUUUUUCAAAGCAAGUGAAUGAAGUUAAUGAAGUAUUAGCAGAGGUCAGAACUAAAAAUUUUCUCCUGGAGAAACAACAGACUGGAACAUUAACCAAGUCUGUUACUACGCAAACUUCAGUAGCUUCACAUAGCGUUGGAAAUUGUGCUAAUAGUUUCUGGCUCAGCAGAGAUCUUACUCCACAACAGAACUUGGAGACUCCUACUUCAGCAACUCAGGCUUCACAUCACAACACUGCAGAGUCUUUGGACACGUUUGCCCUUCAGGAUCUUGACACCUCAACUUCAUGGGGAAGAUCUUUUCAGAACACUGAACAAUAUAGGAGUCAACAAAAUUUUUUCUUCAUGCCAGAAUAAAGAUGUGGAAAGCACAACACAAUUUAAGUAGCAAACGAGAUGGAGCUACUGAGGAACUUAAAAAGUGACCUAGGAACCAACGAGUCCAGUUUAAGUCAACGUGUAUUUUUAAAAGUGUCAAAAGAAUAUGUACACAUUUUAAAGAAAAAAUAUGCUCUGUAUUACAAACAAUUACUGACCACUGCUAUGUAACACAUUUACCAUUUACUUAUGCUCUAUAUUAUAAAAUUUUACUGACCACUGCUUAUGGAACACACCUGUUAUUUCUUUUUAAAUAUAUUAUGUGGGAAAAUCUUCAUUAACUGAAACAUUUAGUGUUAUGUAUCUACAAUUGAAAUUUUGUAUUUCCAAUUUAUAUUUUUGAAAAGAUAGAGAUAGUGGUAAGGGAGGGAGCAAGAAAAAGGGAAAGGGGAAAAGAGGGGGAAAACAGAGAGAUCCCCCUUCCAAUAGUACAGUACCCAUAUAUCUGCAGUGAAAUAUAGGUGGGCUGUGCUGAAGCCAGGAUCCAGGAAUUCAAUUCAGGUAUCCUACUUAUGUGGCAAGGAUCCAAUUACUUGUUCUAUCACUCGCCACUUCCCAGAGUACACAUUAUUGGAAGCUGGAAUCAGGAUGGGAGCCUGGUCUUGCUAGGGAUUCCACCAGGGAUUCAGGAUAUUUCAAACGGCACCUUAACUUCUGUUCCCAAUGGCAGGCCAGUUGCAGCACAUGAAACUGUUGGGAUGUAUAACUAACUUAGCACAGAUUUUGCAGAUGAAAACCAGUAUGAUUAACUUUUACAAACUCAGUUGUCCAAAUGGUGGCCAUUAUACAGCACCCAGAAAACCAAGUUGAAUUGAAUACUUUAGUGGGAUUAAGGGCUUCUUUGUAUUUGCCAAUUUUUGCUACUACAUACAAACCUAAUGAUUUGGUAGACAUCAUUUUGGUACACUGAUACUCUGGCCAGUGUCAAUACCAUUGCUUGGAUGCAAUAUAAUUUUAUAGUGCUACCAAAAUUAUGUAAUUUUAACUUUAGGCAUUGAUUCAUACACCUUCUUCAUGGAGAAAUUGUUUACCUAUGGCUUUCCAUGUUUCCUUUUUAAUUUUUAUUACCUUUUAGGAAACAGUCUUAAAAUUUAAAAAAAAAUUAAGUUUUAGUACAAAUAAUUUGCCCUCUUAAAGAAAGUGAGAGUCAUCUGCUGACAUUAUGCCAUCACCUCUGACUACUUUGGAAUAUAUUUCCUAUAGUUAAGGACAUACUAAAUACAAUAAAACACUCAGAAUCACAAAGUUAACAUUAUUCUGUGUAUCUGCAGAUUUUUUUCCAGUUUUGUUACAUGUCUUGUGAUGUCCUUGAUAAUAAGAGAGUCCCACUCAGAUCCAUGAAUUUCUUUUAGUUGUUGCCUUUCUUAGAUUUCUUCAGUCUGGAGGAGUUCCUUCCUUUUCUUUGACAUUAAUGACCAUGGAUCUUUUGAAGACUAAAUUCCAAUCAUGCAGAAUGUCCCUGAUUGGAUAUUUUCUGAUAUUUCAGUAUAAUUAGGUUAGGAUUAUACACUUUUUGUUAAGGGCAUAACAGAAGGGAUUCUGUGAUCAUUGCAUACUGUCAUGUAACCUACACUUUUGAUUUCUCCCAUUACUAGUGAUGUUGCUGAUGCUGUCUGUUGCAUUUCUCCUCUGUAGUGUUCCCUUUUUUACAUUUCACUUAGUUUUAAUCAGGUUACGUCAUUUGAGACUAAAUAUCUGUCCUUUCUCAAUUUUUUAUGAUUCAAUUUUUAUGUUUUUUAUUUUUUAGAAAACAUUUAAUAAAUAUAAAUUUUGAAAGUGCAACUUUGGGAUUAUAGCUGUUUUUCCCCACAUAACCACCCUUCCAUCCAAAAAUCAUCCCACCUCCUAUUCCCUCUCCCAUCUCAUUCUUCAUUAAGAUUAUUUUUAAUUAUCUUUAUAUACAGAAGAUCAACUUAGUAUAUACUAAGUAAAGAUUUCAACAAUUUGUACCCACACAGACACACAAAGUAUACAGUACUGUUUGAAAAAUAUUUUUACCAUUAAUUCUCAUAGUACAACACAUUAAACACAGAUCCUACAUGGGGAGUAAGUGCACAGGGACUCUUGUUUUUGAUUUAACAAUUGAUACUCUUACAUUUAUGACAUCAGUAAUAACCUGAGGCUCUUGUCAUGAGCUGUCAAGGUUAUGGAAGCCUCUUGAGUUCAAAAACCCCAACCUUAUUUAGACAAGACCAUAACCAAGUGGAAAUUCUCCCCUCCGUUCAGAGAAAGGUACCUCCUUCAUUGAUGGCCCAUUGUUUCUGCUGGGCUCUCACUCACAGUGAUCUUUCAUUUAGGUCAUUUUUUGCCACAGUGUCUUGGCUUUCCAUGCCUGAGAAACUAUCAUGAGAUUUUUAGCCAGAUCUGAAUACCUUAAGGGCUGAUUCUGAGGCCAGAGUGCUGUUUAGGGCAUUUGCCAUUGUAUGAGUCUGCUGUGUAUAUUGUAUACUGCUUCCCAUGUUGAGUCAUUCUCUCCUUUUUAAUUCUAUCAAGUAUUAGCAGACACUGGUCUUAUUUAUGUGAUCCCUUUGACACUUAAUACUAUCUUUAUGAUUAAUUAUGAACGUAAACUGAUCACUUUAACUAGUAAUGGCAUUGGUACCUGCCAACUUAAUGGGAUUUGGAGUCCAUAGCAUGUUUUUAGCUUUACCUUUAGGGGUAAGUUCAAGUGAGCCUCUGCCGAACUGCACAUCUCUUCCCUCUCAUUGCCAUUCUUAUUUUUAACAGGCAUAAAUUUUCAGUUGGAUUCUAACUGCUAAGAAUAAUUGUGUGUUAAAUAAAGAGAUUGAUCAAUGGUAUUAAGUAGAAAAAGAAAAUACUAAAUAAAAUAGUAAGUUUUUCCUUGACAGUAAGGACACGGGCUGAUCAAAUCUCUGUUCCUCAUAGUGUCAGUUUCACUUCCACCAUUUUCUAUGUAGGUGCUUGGUUAGUUGUCACAGAUCAGGGAGAACAUAUGAUAUUUGUCCCUUUGGGACUGGAUUAAUUCACUCAGCCUGGUGUUUACCAGAUUCCUCCAUUUUGUUGCAAAUGACUGGAUUUCAUUUCUUUUAUUGAAGAGUAGUAUUCUACAGAGUACAUAUCAAAUAAUUUCUUUAUCCAGUCUACUGUUGAUGGGCAUUUGGGUUGAUUCCAUGUCUUAGCUAUUGUGAAUUGAGCUUCAAUAAACAUUGAGGUUCAGACAACUCUUUUAUUUGCCAAUUUAAUUUCCUUUGGGUAAAUUCCAAGGAGUGGGAUGGCUGGGUUGUAUGGUAGGGUUAUAUUCAGGUUUCUGAGGAAUCUCCAGACUGACUUCCAUAGUGGCUUGACCAGUUUGCAUUCCCACCAACAGCAGGUUAGUGUCCCUUUUUCCCCAAAUCCUCACCGAUAUGUGUUAUUGGUAGAUUUCUGUACAUAAGCCAUUCUAACUGGGGUGAGGUGAAACCUCAUUGCAGUUUUGAUUUGCAUUUCCCUGAUGGCUAGUGAUCCUGAUCAUUUUUUCAUGUGUCAGUGGCUGUUUGGAUUUCUUCUUUUGAAAAAUGUCUAUUGAGGUCCUUGGCCCAUCUCUUGAAUGGAUUGUUUUGUUGUUGUGGCGUUUCUUGAUCUCUUUGUAGAUUCUGGUUAUUAAUCCUUUAUCAGUUGCAUAAUUUGCAAUUAUUUUCUCCCAUUCUGUUGAUUGCCUGUUCACUUUAAUGACCUUUUCUUUUGCAGUACAGAAA